AUGAUGGACUGGAAGCCCAGCAGCAUAUCUUCCCUCGACGCGGUGACGCUCGAGAUAACGUUUUGGAUGCGCGCAAGCAGCGGCGGGGACGACGGCGAUGGCCUCCCUCUGGACAGUCGAGUUUGUCUGAGUCUGGCUCUCUGGCAGGGUGCCCUGGGGGAGCCGGCGCAGCUCUCCGCGCUCACGCUUCCGGUGCUGUGGCCCGCAGUGCCCCGGGAGAGCCGAGGCCCAGCCGGCGCUGUGCAGCGCGAGUGGGGUGCCUCGUUGAGCAAGCUGGGGGACUUGGCCGCGGGCGCCGAGUCCUCCAUGGCCGGGGCCACGCCUGGGCCUGACACGAGGCACGAGGCGCAUCUGCUGCGAACCUUGCUGCUGCAGGCGUCCGUCGAUGGUGGUUCGAUUGCCUCUGCAGCCAUCGGCGGGGUGGAGCGCCGUCGAGUCAGGGCAGCGCCUGCCGCUCACCUGGCGGCGGUGCGCCUGCAGCUGAUGGGCCGGCAGCUGUGCGCCGCACCGCCCGCAGAGACCGUCGCGGCCGCUGGCGGCCUGCGCCGCCACCGCGCGGCCCACGUCGCGUUGGCGCACCUGGACGAGUGGCUGGCGAGCCUCGCGGGCAGAACCGCCAUGGCGGCGGCCGAGGCUGCCGUCUGCGCCGCGGAACCGGUGCUCCGCUUCGGCGACCUGGUCCGCUUGGAGGGGCUGAAGACGGAGCAGAAUAGGCACGUCAACAGAAGGCUCGGUUUCCUCCGGGCCUGGCGGGCGGACAACCAGCGCUGGAAGGUGGUGCUGAAGGACGACGGCCAGGUGUUCUACAUCAAGGCGAAGAACCUGCAGCCGCUGAGGCCGCACAAGAUCUGCCUGCCCGAGGUCGGCGAGGACAGCGAAGCUGCCGCAGGCGAGCCCUCCGACGUGACCGCCGAGGCCCGGGCGCUGGCGAGCGCCUGGGACGCCCUGGAGGCCCGGCGGGCCGCGUGGCAGGAGGCCCAGGAGACGCGCGAGAUCGAGGCGCUCGAGCGGCAGGAGCUGCUGCUGCGCGCCCAGGAGCUCCUGCAGUGGGAGCUGGAGCGGGCCUGGCGGCAGCGCCGCGCGCUCGCCCUCGAGCGCGCCAGGGACCUCGCCCUCCUCGAGCAGCAGGACCGGCGCCCGGCCGGCGCGCCGAGGUCCUUCCACAUAGGCUCCGAGCCCUGCGGCGAGGAGGGGCAGGAGGCGGAGGGCGGCCCAGGCAUGUACAGGGUGCUGGACGAGACGCUGGUGGGCGACGGGCCGAACCUGGACAGCAGCGACAUCGGCGCCGUGCAGGAGGGGGACGUGGUCGAGGUGCUGGAGGUGCUGGAGGUGACGGAGGACGAGCGCGUGAGGGCAAGAAUCCGCUUCGAGGACCACGAGUCGGGGAGCGCGUGGAUGUCGCUGUGGUCCACGGACGGUGGCAUAGUCUGGGCCGAGAAGAUCGACCCAGAGGUUCCAGAUGACGUCUGGGAGUCAGAUUGGGUAUCCCUGUCGACUCCCACAGCGCAGUCACGAACGACCGCGCUGUUCGCAGUUGGCACACCGGUGCAGUACUUCAGCGCGUCCAAGGGCCAUUGGGUCCAGGGUACGGUCCAGCAGGUCAGUUGCAUCGGCGAGGUGCGGGUUUCGUGCAAGCCCAAGUCCUGGAUACCCCUCGAGAAGCAGUACACGAUGCUCCGAUUGACCCCGUGCGUCCAGGCUAGUUAG